AUUGUGUUUGUCGCAAGUUGGUAUUUCGUGUUGUUUCUGGAGAUUUUAUAUGGACAAUAGUUGCUUAACAUAUGAUAAAGUUUUCAGUUUGAAAAGGGCUAGUGUAACUUCUAAAAUCAAUUUAUGUGAAGAGUCACUAGAUGAGGUUCUGAAACUGGUAAUGUUGAUGAUCAUGACCAUAUGUUGUGGUUAGGUACCUUACUUUCCAACUUAGUAUUCUUUUCAUUAAAGAUUUUACUUUAAAGCUAACACAAAAUAUAUUUAUAAUACUCUUCAUAGAUUAUACUAAUAUUAUUAUCAUCUUGAUAGUAUCAGCCAACCCAGGGAUGCUGAGAAGACAACUGUUCCAUAGAGAGACCUUAUCUGGUAUAGACCAGAAGGAAGCUUAAAACUAGGAAGAGGCAGAGUAGUACUGAUGGCUUAUGGCACUACCUAAGCCUAGGAAGGCCCAAACUAGGGUGCUUAAAGGCCCAGGUCAGAGAGCAGUAUCCUUUAUAAGGGGUUAAUCCUCUUCAAAGACCCAGGGGCUGUACAAGACCUGGGAUCUAUAGGGAGGUCUUGACUGUGGCCACCAGAUUUAUGAUUCUGCCAUUUGGGUCGGCAUUUCCUGGAGCCGGGCGAUUGCCAUGAGACUGUACUGAGUAAGAUAUGCGUUGAGUAGGUACUACUGGUGGAUCAGAGAUACACAAAAGAUUAGUUACUGGUUUUAGUGCAAGAGUCAUGUUGAUGUUUACCUGUUUAUAUAAAUACAUCAUCCUGAUAGCUACCACUUUCAAAACUCCUUUAAUGAUGUCUUUGUUAGCCUAAACAAUGAAGUAUGAAGGAUCUGAAGAAAAAUAUUAAUUCUAUUUAUUUUAUGCAAGACCCAGAUUUCUUACCUUUGCUUACAACAAAACAAUGAUGCUGUCUUGCUUGUAAAAGUGUGAAACUGAUUUAUAAGAGUGUACAGUGCCAUUAUUUAGUAUUAGCAUUAUUGAACCUGCAGAGUCUGCUACCAGUGUUUAUUUGGUCUUUCUUUAUGUAAAAACGUCAUGACUGUUCCGUUUAAUGAUAUUUUUUUCCUGAGAAAUAAUGAUGGAUGAUUACACUAAUGUCAAAUCUUCUGUAUCUGGGAUAACAAGGACACAUACCACAAAACUUGUAGAUGCCAGCUAUUCAGGAAGUUUUCCUGAAAAGCAUAUCUGCAGAAAGAUCAUAAGUGCAGUACCUGGGAAAGGUGAUCUACAUUGUUUGCACUUGGAAGAUAAAUGUCUUUUGACUGAAAACAAGGACAGUUUAAUUUCAAAUAAGGAUAGUGCAUGGCGUCAAUGGUAUAUGUCAAAAUUAGAGCAAAAAAGAGAAGCUAAAAAGAAUGAAGAAAUUAAAAAAAUGGCAGAGGAGGAGAGGCAGAAAGAACAGAGGCUAAGAAAGCAAGAACUUGAAGACAGAUAUAUUCGUAUUUGGAAGGAGAAAAAGGGUAAGGAAGAUGCAGCAAGGCGAAGGGAGGAUAAGGCAAAGCAAAUGGAUGUUAAAAAAAUUCUUAAGAAUGAGAAGCAGAAAAAAGAACAAGACCAGGAAAUGGCUGAAAGAUCUCAUGCAGAGUGGGUGAAAAGAAAGAAUAAAGAACAGAAAGAACAAAAGUUAAGGGAGGUGAGGCUGCAACAAGAAAGGGAAGAAGAAAAGAGAUUACGAGCUGAAAGAAGCAUAACUGCCUUUGAACAGUGGAAAGAGACGGCAAAGACUAGACCUAAACCAAUGUCAGUUGCAAUAAGAGAUCAUAAAGGUCAGUCUGAUCCGUCACUUGCUAGGCUUAACUGGAAUCCUAUUCCCUGGCAAAAUAUAAUCGAGGAGCCUAAAACAUAUGUCGUUGAAGAUCCAGGGAGGAAGAAACUGGUUAAACCUUGCUGCAUGUGAUACUUGAGUUUGAAUUAACAACAAGAAAAUGAAUGUCUUAUAAGUGGUUACCUGACAUGUGAGGGAAUGUGUCACCUCUGUCUUCAGAGUGAAGGUCGUCCUGGUAACAGUCUACAAAACCACAUGGCCUCAAAACCCAGAAGACAACAAUUAGCAUAUUCACUACUAUGAGAACUUCAAAAUCUCAGGAGAACAAGUAAGUUUACCUCAAAAGAUGGUAUUGAUUGCAGAAAGGCCAUGGUCUCCUGUUCAUUUUGUCUUUGCACUACAUCAAAAAUGUGGUUCUCCUCCUCAUCUUCUACGUCUAAAAUAUGAUCGUAUCCUUCCAGUAGAAGCUGCAUUAACUUCUCAGUCUCGCCUGUGAACAUAUAUCACAUAGCGUGGUAACUGUACAGCUGCCUUUCUCACAGCCGUGAUUAUUACAACAGUAGUCGGUUAAGCAUCUAUAAAAAAUUUUACAAGAUGUAAUGAGAAACUGUGAAAUGUAAAACAUUCUGCCCGAUUAACUCGCAGAACAACCAUUAUACUUUAAUGACUACUUCACAAAGUAUUCCUUGUAAAAUUUAUUGUUACUUGGUUCUAGAAAUUCCCUGAUUUUAUUGAACCUCAAGGUUCAUCACUAUGUUCACAUAUCUCUAAGAUCCAUUAAUAUUAAACUGUUAUCUAUGCCUAUGUCUUCCAAAUAAUCUUUUCUUCCCUUCAGGGUUUUUUUUUUUUUCGAAAUGUGCUACA